CUCCUGUCCACCCUCCGCCUCCACUUUUUCUGAUCUGACCUGUGGGGCUGAGACAGGAGGGUAGGCAGGGGGCGGAGCGAAAGGCCGCGGCCCGGGAGUCUCUGCGCCUGGAGAGGAAGAGGAACAGCCGCCGUUCAUAGUGGUUGUUCUGGGCUGGGCAGAGGAGGAGGGGUGUGGCGGCGGCGGCAGCAGCAACAACGACGGUGCCGGCUGGGUCGGGAAGAUGGCGGCGUCGGCGGCUGUCCCUGUGAACCUGAGGCUCGGGGACCUUGUGUGGGGGAAGCUGGGCCGUUACCCUCCUUGGCCAGGAAAGAUUGUUAACCCUCCAAAGGAUCUGAAGAAGCCUCGUGGGAAGAAGUGCUUCUUUGUGAAAUUUUUUGGGACAGAAGACCAUGCUUGGAUUAAAGUGGAGCAGCUGAAGCCGUAUCAUGCCCACAAAGAAGAAAUGAUUAAAAUUAAUAAAGGCAAGAGAUUCCAGCAAGCUGUGGAUGCUGUAGAGGAAUUCCUGAAGAAAGCCAAAGGCAAGGACCAGGCAUCUUCUCAUAACUCCAAUGAAGAGAAGAACCGGCGAAAUUCCAGUGAAGAAAGGGGCAAGCAUUCAGUGGGAGAAGAGAAACACAAAGCCGGGUUGUCAGAAGGGAAGCCGAAAAAGAGAGUUUCUUCUGUUUCCUCUGAGCGAGGCUCAAAAUCCCCACUGAAGAGAACAUAUGAGCAAAGCCCCCGGAAGCGAGGGCGCCCCCCCAAAGAUGAGAAGGACCUGACAAUCCCUGAGUCAAGCACAGUGAAGAGAAUGAUGACGGGCACCGUGGCUGGAUUCAAAUGGCCGCCAAGCGUAAGCGAGCCUGUGAAAGAUGGCGACCCGCAUUUCCAUCACUUCCUGCUUAGCCAGACAGAGAAGCCAGCUGUUUGCUAUCAGGCCAUUACAAAGAAGCUGAAGGUGUGUGAAGAGGAAACUGGGUCCACAUCCAUCCAGGCUGCAGACAGCACAGCUAUCAAUGGCAGCAUCACUCCUACAGACAAAAAGAUAGGGUUCCUUGGCCUUGGCCUGAUGGGAAGUGGCAUCGUAUCCAACUUAUUAAAAAUGGGCCACACUGUCACAGUCUGGAACCGGACUGCUGAGAAGUGUGAUUUGUUCAUCCAGGAGGGGGCACGAUUGGGAAGAACCCCCGCUGAAGUGGUCUCAACCUGUGACAUCACUUUCGCCUGUGUAUCUGAUCCAAAAGCAGCCAAGGAUCUGGUGCUUGGUCCUAGUGGAGUACUCCAGGGUAUACGUCCAGGAAAGUGCUAUGUGGACAUGUCCACUGUGGAUGCAGAUACCGUUACAGAAUUGGCCCAGGUGAUCGUAUCCAGGGGUGGUCGCUUCCUGGAAGCCCCAGUCUCAGGGAACCAACAGUUAUCUAAUGACGGGAUGUUAGUGAUCUUAGCUGCUGGAGACAGAGGCUUAUAUGAAGACUGCAGUAGCUGUUUCCAAGCAAUGGGGAAGACCUCUUUUUUUCUAGGGGAAGUGGGCAAUGCUGCCAAGAUGAUGUUGAUUGUCAACAUGGUCCAAGGAAGCUUCAUGGCCACAAUAGCAGAAGGAUUGACUCUGGCUCAGGUGACUGGUCAGUCGCAGCAGACCCUUCUGGAUAUCCUCAAUCAGGGACAGCUCGCCAGCAUCUUCCUGGAUCAGAAGUGCCAAAACAUCCUACAAGGAAACUUUAAACCGGAUUUCUACCUGAAAUACAUCCAGAAGGAUCUCAGAUUAGCCAUUGCACUAGGCGAUUCUGUUAACCACCCAACUCCCAUGGCAGCUGCAGCCAAUGAGGUCUACAAACGGGCAAAAGCAUUGGACCAAUCUGACAAUGACAUGUCUGCUGUGUACAGGGCCUAUAUCCAUUAGGCUACCCCAUUUAUUGUUAAUAUCAUGAUUAUUAAUUAUGAUGCUGAUGAAUACUGGGUUUUAACUCUGGACCAGUCCAUCUCUGUCUGUCUGUCUCUCUCUCUUCCACCCCCGCCCCAUUUUCUUUUUUAAUACAAAAACUCUUGAGAUCUGCCGUGAGGGCAGUCGCUACAGCAAACCUUCCUGUGCCAGCAGCAAGAGUAUGAGGAAACAGGGCUGGAUCAUCGCCAUCUUUACCACAUGCUGAGAGUCAUGGGAUGAAAUUUGUGGAAAGUGAUUCUGGCCAGAAAAUCUGCUGCUUGGCUUCUUCUGGUUGUCAUUUGUAUGAGUGUCCCCAAGUUCAUUUUUUGUUUUUAACUGCUGUUUUCACUUUGCUGUGGGUAAUACAUAUGUUGGCAUCUCUUGUGCUUUAGGAACAGUUAAAAGAUGGAUGUCUGGACUGCCUGUUACCCUGUACGGCCUUAGGCCUUGAUUAGGAUGGGAACCUGGCUCCUGUGUUUUUUCUUUGAGGAAAUGAUCAAGAAGGUGAUGGGGCUUGAAUCAGCAAGGCAGGUGGGGGUAUUCCCCACCUCAACAACUCAUUGGAAUUGUUUCUGAGAAGAAAAGAUCUCGGUCUAUGUCACUGAUAUAGAGACAAGCUUUGUUUUAAGGAAACACAGGUUCCAGUGUAUGUAUGGGGACUGUGGUAUACAGAAAGCAUGUAGAGGAUUUCCAAAAGGCUAACCCAAUUCUGCACAUUGCUGUGAGCCCCUUCAUUUUUAGAUAGCUGGUGAAACUUUGUCUUCCUUCCUUUUUAACUUGGAACACCUGCAUAAUCUAUAACUGUUCAUGUUUUCAGGGGGCUCCUUGGAUUCAUCUAAAGUUGUCAGAUAGCCAUCAGGUAAGAAGGUUGAUCAAAGAGCAUAGAAACCCCAACAUUUAGCACCAGAAUCUUGACUUCCAGAUUUACCUUCCUGUAAAAUUGGAAGAGGCCAUGCCAAGUUCACUGUAAAGCCUUUGUUGUGAUUAAUAAACUCUGCUUGAAUGAUCCAAUGGCAAAGCCAGCAAGCUAUGAACUGAUGAGGCAGAAUCUACUGGUGAAAUGGUGAAUUCUCCCAGCAGCAGACAGAUCAGGUAGCCAUGCUUUGGCAAUACCUAGCAAAAUAAGCAGGGAGUGGCUUCUGCUGAUAAGAACUGAUCCUGUAGAAAAUCCAACAAGAUCCCACAGAAUUCAGAAAGUCCUCCACUGGCAAUGAAUAAAGUCCAAGCCUUUUCACCCAGUAAAUUUUGGUGACGCAGUUCCCUAACAAAACAAGUGGUUUCAUGUGAACAAUGCCUCAUUCUCUCUAGCAGCCCUUAAACUUUCAAAAUGGAAUGUAAGACCAAAGGAAGGAGUUGUUUCGCAAGUAGUGGAGACAAUGUGUACCUCUCAAGUAUUAGUCUUUGAAGAGAGCCCCGUGCGCACACGUGGACUGCCCAUGUGGCGGGCAAUUAGGAAUGCGCCGGCUGGGACACCCCUCUUGUUUGCAUGCUGGAUAUUUUGCUUUUGCUUAUUCCACAUGGAUAGACCCACCCUGUGGAAUCAGUGCAUCACAGUUUCGUGCUGAAAAUAUCACAUGCACGAAAUAUCUAAAACUUCCGUGAACACCAACCAGCCGUGUGAGUGUUCUACUUUUGCAGCAGAACAUGCUCCUUGUGCAGCUCUUUACUCCUAUGAUGGAGGCAGCCCUCCUGGAAGAGGAAGGGAGCCAAUAGAGCACAGAUUUGGCUGCGGCCCUCCGCUCAUGCUUAUGUUUUCUAGCACAGUCAUCAAACCAUUGCAUUGCUCUGCAGUGGAAACUGUUGGGCAGUUGUAGCAUGGAUCUGCACGCCCAGCUCUUGUAAGGGACAGCAGCAGCCUCUUUGUUAGGAAGGUGCUCCUCUUAGGGAUCCUCCCGCUGGCUGGUUUCUGGCGACGGCAGGUAGAUCAUUGUUCAGGCUCCUUUGCUUUCUCAGGGAGCCUCUGAAUGUUGUUACAGAACCGGUGGGGAGGGAGAUUCAUCUUGCGAGACCAGUCUGUAGAAAACGUGAAGCCUCCCAACGGAACUCUCCAAUCCCAGGACACCUUAUUUGCCCUGAAGCGGAAAAUCUAAACUGAAGUGGGAGUGACAGUUGGAGAGAGCCAUAAUGUCUUCCGUUAAAGGCCUCUCCCUGUGGUUUUUCUGACAAGGGAGAAGAGGGUGUGCCCCUCCCUGCCGGACUGUGCAGUUGCUGAUACCCCGAGGCCGAGAGUGUGGUGGGGCUGCGCUGUUUCAGAUGCCACUUCGGAAGGGAAACUGUAUCUUGUUGGCAGCAAAAUCUUAUAGUAUGUGGUGCCUUAAAGGUUUUCUGUGGCAUCAACUUUUACAGGUCAGAAGUAUGCUUGACUCAGAAGUUUUAUACCACAAGAUACGUGCUUUUAAGGUGCCACAUGACUAGUUUCUGGGUAUUUAGUUUCUCUGCUCCAGGAGCCAGUUUGUUCAAAAUCCUUUGUGGCGUCUCCUCAAAUUCCAGUUGGUGAUAGUGCAGGAGGGGAAGGUAGAUUGCAAGAGAAUAUGAUGGAACUGGCUUAGUCAUUGUCUUAAUAUUGUUGACAAUACUGUAAAGUUCCUUUUUAGCAAUGGCUUUUUUUUUGCUCCUUUUUAAAGAGAAAAAUGUGACACUUGUGGAAAGCUUGUAAGAAAAAGCAGUUUUCUUUUAAUUCCCUUUCCUUGGAUGACCGAUCUAUAGAUAAUUAAGGUUGUGAAUUUUUUAAAAGAAAUUUGCCUUGUUUUUAAUUAACGUUUGUCAUUCAGAAUAGGAUGUGUGGUGAUGAUUAAAUGGCAGAAACAGAAAUGAUUUUUUUCUUGUGCAAUUAACAAAGCUACUGGCAAAAGGAAAUAAAACCUUUCUUGGUAACACAA